UUUGUUGGGUUUUUGGGCUCCCUUCCUAUAUGGAGAAAAACCCCAAAUGUUAGUAUCCAAACCCAUGAAUAGUUGAAGUGGCUGAGGUAAGUUAGGGUUGAGAGAGAGAGAGGUCAUUUUUGAAAGGAGAACACCAAACACUAGAGAGAAAAGAAGAGAGAAAGUUAUUUUCGCACAUACACAAAGCUGUCUCUGUAAAUUGGUCGCUGUAAAUUCGUUAACCGUUGGAUCGAGCUCAAAUUUGGACAGUGUGUUCUACACAUCUGAUUCUUUGAUUUCACCAUUCAGAUCUUCGAUUCAAUGUCUAUAUCUAGAGAUAUUGGCCACGCUAAGCAGCUCUAUUUUUGUGGCAAGAGAAUAGCAAAGGAGAAGAGAAUGGCAACAUCGACAACUACAAGUUUGUUCAGUUUGUGUUCCCUGCUAAUGGCCAUUCUUUUUGCAUACUCUGCAUCUGUUCAAUUAAAUGAUCCUGAUUGGUAUUUUUGGUUUCCUCUAUAUUCAUGUGCUUGCAUCGUUAAUUUGACAAACGGCGUUGUCUCAACCAAACUGAGAAGGAAAAUUGGCAUAAUUACUCUAUGUUCUGGGAUUUUGUUAUAUCUCAAAGUUGUUCUGGAAGAUGUUGCAUAUGGAAUAGCGGGGUUUUGGUCACUGGAUCUAAGUGAGAGAGUUGUUAGGGAGAAAAUUGGAAGCAUAUUAGUUGUCAUGUCGAUGAUCUUGCAAAUGGAAGCAUUCAAAGUUCAGACUAAUAAUACCUUGAAAACAAGGGUGAAGGAAUUCUCUAAUAUGGUAAAAUAUGUGCAGGGAUGCUGAUCUUAGUGGGCUUUAGCUACAUGUUACCCCUGAUCUUCUUUGUGGUCCUAAAAGGAGAAAUGAAUAAGUUCUAGUUAGGACACAAGCUUAUGUCAUUCUUUUGUGUUCGUAAAUUCUUGAAGAAAAAGAAGUGUUAAACUUCCUUGAGAAAAUUUUACAGUAGACUUAGGUCCUUAAGAGAAAAUGUGCCCAAUAAAUCCCCGAAGAAUUGUAGCAGUUGAUUUAUAGGUCCUUAAAG